AUGGGCGGCGGGGGGCCGGGCCGCGGGGCGCGGCGGGUGCCCGCCUGCCUCUGGGUGACGCUGGCGCUGGCGUGGGGCGCGGGGAGCCGGGCCGCCGUGGCCGCGGGGGAGGGGGACGGGGAGGCCGGGCCGGGGGACGCGGGGGCGCCGUGCGGGGCGGAGGGCUGGGCGCAGGCCGCCGUCCCGCCGGGCCCGGCCUUCGUGGCCGCGGCGUCGUACCGCGGGCCGGGCAACAACGACACGCGGAGCAACAAGGCGCUGCCCAUCCUGCUGUGGUGGAGCGGCAGCCUCUUCCCGCACUUCCCCGGCGACACGGAGCGCAUCGACUGUCCGCGGGGCUCGUGCCUGGUCACGCGCAGCCGGCGGGCGGCGCGGCACCGCCGCACCAAGGCGCUCAUCUUCUACGGCACCGACUUCCGCGCCUACGAGGCGCCGCUGCCCCGCCUGCCCCACCAGACGUGGGCGCUCUUCCACGAGGAGUCCCCCAUGAACAACUACCUUCUCUCGCACCCGCCCGGCAUCCGCCUCUUCAACUACACGGCCACCUUCCGCCGCGAGUCGGACUACCCGCUGACGCUGCAGUGGCUGCCCGGCGCGGGCUACCUGCGGGGCCCGGCGCUGCCCCUGGCCGAGAAGGACGCGUGGCGGCGGCGGGGCUACGGCCCGGUGCUCUACAUGCAGUCCCACUGCGACGUGCCCUCGGACAGGGACCGAUACGUGCGGGAGCUCAUGAAGUACAUCCAGGUUGACUCCUAUGGGAAAUGCCUGCAUAACCGUGAGCUUCCCAGCGAGCGACUGCGGGACACUUCGACAGCCACUACAGAAGAUCCCGAAUUCAUGGCUUUUAUCGCCAGGUACAAGUUCCACCUGGCCUUGGAGAACGCCAUAUGUAACGACUACAUGACAGAGAAGCUGUGGCGUCCAAUGCAUUUGGGUGCUGUCCCAGUGUACCGAGGCUCCCCAGCUGUGCGGGACUGGAUGCCAAACAACCUCUCCAUUAUUCUUAUCGAUGACUUUGACAGCCCCCAAGAGCUGGCAAAGUAUCUUGAUUUCCUUGACAAAAAUGGAGAGGAAUAUUUGAAGUAUCUAGAGUAUAAAAACCUUGGUGGAAUAAAAAACCAGUUCUUGCUAGAGACCUUGGAGAGACGGGAGUGGGGUGUGAAUGACAUGACUUUGCCCAAUUACCUGAAUGGCUUCGAGUGUUUCGUCUGUGACAGGGAGAACACCCGGGUCGAAGCGGAGCAGGAACACAAAAAGUCUCGUGGGAAAACUCCAGCUCCGGCACCUCAUGUAGCUCAUUUCCAGCACAUGGGAUGCCCUAUGCCAAGCCCUGGGUUUGGAAGUGUUGAAGACCUCUCUGGGGAAGACAGUUGGAAAGAGAUGUGGCUUCAGGACUAUUGGCAAAGCCUUGAUCAGGGUGAGGCCCUCACUGCUAUGAUUCAUCACAAUGAGUCACAUCAGGGAAGAUUUUGGGAUUAUAUGCAUGAGAUUUUUCUCAAGAGGACCAGGCAACGCUGAUCCAUCCCUGUAAGAGCUUGGUUUGAAAACUGAAAAAGUUGUGACUGAGAAUUCUUACUUCUCUCCAGAUGUUUGCCUUGAAGUAGAAGAAACUCUUGCAGACUGUUUUUCUGGUGCGUGAAGUGAGUGAUUCUCUGUUGCGAUUGGAUUUCAGCUGUGGAGAUGUGAGCAACUGCUUGUAUCUGAAUUGCAGCUCUGUGGUGUGAAACUGCUCCUGACAUGAGGGUGUCAACAUGUGGGGCAAAAGAGGAAUUUUGCAUUUGGUAUUGCUUCCCUGUGGCUUCCAUUAUUUCAGAGGAACACGUUUUCAGACUCUGCUCAAAUUCCCUAAGUUAUUUCAGGGACUUUUUUUAUAUCCAAAAUACUCAUUUUUUUAUAUUUCACACACUUACUCUCCUCAUUAAGUUAUACUUUUUCAUGCUAUUAACAAGUAGCUUUACCAGUGAAUGAAUUACAGAAGACUAAUGUCUGUGGAGAGCAGUUGUGCCUUAUGAAAUUGCAGCAAUAAAGUCUCUUCUCUCCAAGUAAA